UUUUUUCGGUCUGGUGACACAUCCAUCUUCACUCACUUCUCACCACCAUGUUUUCUCUUGUGGUAACCUAACCUAACCAGAAAAAAAUGGAAAGGUAAAGAGAAAAGAAGUCAUCAUCAUCAUUCAUUCAUUCAUUCGAUCGAUCGAGACGAUUUGUGUUUACCAGAUUUUUGGUUUUUGAUUUUUGAUUUCUUUUUUUUAUCAAAAUCACAUAUAAUGAAAGAAACAAUAAUGAUGACGUUGACAUCGAAAUCAUUCAUUUAUGUUGUUGUUGCUGUUCUUCAAUUGAUUAUUGUCGAUGUUAAUUGCGGAUCAUCGAUGUGGUCAAACGAUGAUGAACAACCAAAUAUUUCAUUAUUAGCUCGUGGAUCACAACCAGCAAGAUCUGCAAACAAUUUUGGACAACAAGAUCCACGAAUAUGGCAUUCGAUUAGUCCACAAUAUCAAUUAUCAUCAUCAUCAUCGACAAUUCCAAGAAUGAAACAACGUAUUUUAUUUGAACAUCAAAACAAUGAUGAUCAUGAUGUUGCUGAAAUAGCCGAUUCAUCAAUAAUGAAUCUGGCAUAUCUUUCACGUUCAAAACGAUCAGUUCCAUCAUCUCAACUGCCACCACCGCCAAUGAUGAUGUUACCACCGUUACCACCACCACCGCCGCCGCUUCCGUUUCUUCCGCCGCCACCACCACCACCAGCACCCCAAUCAUCUCCAUCGGCAAUAAUGCCAUAUCCAUGGAUGAUGAUGAUGGGAAAUCAUCAUAGACAAUCAUCACCACAAAUAUCGGAUAAUGUUGCAUCAGAAUCACAGCAACAACAACAACAACAACAAUUACCAGUGGUGGUAGCAGCUACAAAUGAAAUGGAACGUCGUCGUUAUUAUCGUCCACCAAAAUAUCAACAAUAUCCACGUGCAUAUAAUAAUUAUGAUGAUUGUCAAUAUCAUACAAUAGUAAAUGGUGAUUCAGAAAUUGUUUUACGAAAAUUAUUACCAGUACGUUUGGUUGGCCGUACCAUACUACGACAAUGUAUUGAAAAACCAAAUUUCAACGAUCCACGUUAUAAGGUAUUGUUGAAAGGAAAUCAAAAAUCCAGUUUCGGUUCUGUAAGGCUACAAAUGGUACAAUGAAAAAAAAAAAAAAAAAAAGAUCUCGUUAUAAUAAUUAAACAAAAAACUGUGUAGCUGAUCUGUAACAUCAAAUCAUCCAAACUACUUAGCUCCAAAAAGAAACAACAACAACAAAAAAAAAAAAAAGAGUGCCAAACACAACCAUGUGACCGACAUUGAAAACCUUGACCCAAAUUGAAAUUUUCAUUUUCAUACUAAAUUCAAAUUAACCAAUGGAAAAUUGUCAUCAAUUUUGUAAUGCAAAA